UAACUUCAAGUGCGGAUUGAUACUUAUUAUCAUAUUUAAAGAGAACUGAACAAUUAAUAUUCAGAAAAUUUCUACCGAAAUUAUAAAUUGCUAACAAGGGAAUUAGUAGUUACGAUUUGGAGUGCGACCAAAGUGGUACUUAUUUUAAACAAAACAACAUAGUUUUCAUUAUAUAUAUGUAAUAUUGUAUAAACGCAAUUAUGCGACGUAUUAGUCCUCUAACACUGCUGGUGUUCGCAGUUUGUGUGAUGAUUGCAGCCAGUCGAACACAUCAACGCAAAAGUGUUCCUGCAAGUUAUUUAUUGAAUUACGAGCACACAUCCAAAAUUGAACCAGAAUUAAGACGUCCCUCAACGGAAGUAUAUAACUCCAUACGAAAUCAGUUCUUUCGUUUCGAAGAUUCGAAAUCACUUGGUGCCAAUGUUGAGCUCACUGAGCUUGAGCUGGAAGCAAAUCAAAUUAUAAUGGCAGCCAAAAUCAAAGAGUUCGAGGAUGGCUUAAUUACACCACAUAUCUUUAAUCCUUCUCAGCACUUUUUCAGUGUUUUGGAACAAAUUAAAGCAUCGCCUUUGUUUGAGUACAUAUCGUUGAUGCCGAAAGGUGCAGUGUUGCAUGCACACGAUACAGCAUUGUGCAGCACAGAUUUUCUAAUUACAUUGACAUAUCGUGCCAAUUUGUGGAUUUGUAUGGAAAGUGAUGGAAUCGAAGCGGUAGCAUUCAAAUUUGCUAAACAACGGCCUACAGAUAAAAUGGAAAUAGAUUGCACCUGGGACUUGACGUCAGAUGUGCGCAAACGGCGUGGUGCAGAUGUGAUGGAUGCAUAUCUGAGCGACCGUUUCACAUUAUAUCCAACUGAAAAGUUUUUGGACAACAACGUUGCUUGGCAAGAAUUUAUGAAAAUUUUCGGUUUAUUGGAUGGUUUGUUAUUGUACGCACCCGUUUGGGGAGAUUAUUACUAUAAUGCAUUAGAAGAGUUCAAUGCUGAUGGUGUGCAGUAUUUGGAAUUUAGAACCACAUUGCCAGUACUUUACGAUAUGGAGGGAAAAGAAUACACUCAAUUGGAUACUGUACGAAUAUACAAGGAAACUUUAGAUAAAUUCAUGACUGCUAAUGCUGAUUUUAUUGGCUCGAAAUUAAUUUAUGCUCCAAUACGUAAUGCAAAUUCAUCCACCUUGGACGAAUAUAUACGCAUCUGCAUUGACAUUAAGGAACGAUAUCCAAAUUUUGUCGCUGGCUUCGAUUUAGUGGGACAAGAAGAACUUGGACGUCCGUUGAAAGAUUUCAUACCACAAUUAUUAAGCAUGCCAAGCAAUAUUGAUUUCUAUUUCCAUGCCGGUGAAACCAACUGGUUUGGCUCAUCCGUUGAUGAAAAUCUUGUAGAUGCUGUGCUAUUGGGUACAAAACGUAUAGGACAUGGUUUUGCUUUAAUCAAACAUCCAUUAGUUCUACAAAUGUUAAAAGAAAAAAAUAUUGCCAUAGAAGUAAAUCCAAUAUCAAAUCAAGUAUUACAACUAGUAACCGAUUAUCGUAAUCAUCCGUGUGCGCAUUUCUUUGCUGACAACUAUCCAGUUGUUAUAUCUUCUGAUGAUCCAUCAUUUUGGAAAGCAAAUCCACUUUCACAUGAUUUCUAUAUGGCAUUUUUGGGUAUUGCAUCUGCUCACUCCGAUAUACGUCUACUUAAAAAACUUGCAAUGAACUCAUUGCAGUACAGUUCUAUGAGUGUUGAGCAACGGAAUUUAGCCAUGUCAAAAUGGCAAAAGCAGUGGGACGCUUUUAUUGACCGUGUAAUAAAUGGAGAAAGUGAUAGUGCAAGAAGACGUCUUCUAACAAAUCGCCUCGAUUGACUAGUGCGGGUGGUAGCAGCAUUAAUGGUUUUGUACUAUAUACGUCUAUUUAAAAGAUUUUAAAAGGUUGUAUGUAAUUUACAACCGCAGGCGUUGUUCAAACAAAUACUAUUAACGCUAGCUGGUUUUCUUCAAUUUGAGUCCAGUUCAUACUGUCAAACUGAAUAAUAUAUAUAAUCAUAAAACUCAUAUAUAUGAUUAGUACAUAUUUAUACACAUCUUACAUUUUUUUUCAAUUUAAAAAUGAAUCCAAUACAUAUUAUUGAAUCUUUUAAUACAAUUGUUAUAAGUUUCUUAAUAUAACCAUUUAUGGUAUA